AUGAACUGUGAUGACGAAGAAUUAGAUACAAGAGCAGCCUGGCCAAUUAUUGUCGAUGAAAUUCAAUGGUGUAAAACAAAUCGUGGUAAUGAUCAUAUAUGUAUGGGCGGAUAUACCUACGAUUCUUUCUCUCAAUCAUUACAAAAAAAUACUCGUAGCUUUUGUUGUUCAAAGGAAAAUCUUCGUUGCCGUGCUGUUGUAAAUCUAUUUAUGGAUUCCAACAUGUACAAUGAUUCAAAUAAUGUUGAACAUAAUCAUCCACCAAAUCACCAUGAUGUGAAACGUUUAUUAGCAUUACAGAAGAUCAAAGAAAGAGUACUGGCAGAACCAAUUUCUGUUGCUCGGAUUAUAGAAGAUGAAUAUGUAAAGCAUGAUCUAAAUGGUGAUGAUCGACGGCAUUUUUUAUUACCAGCAUCACAGGCAUCAAAAUUUCAUAAAAUUCGUGCUAAAAUGUUACCACCUAAUCCAAAAGCAUUGGAUUUUGAAGUCUCAGCAAUGUAUUCAACAACUCACAGUGGUGAAGAAUUUUUGAUUUACGAUUCAACACGUAAAAAACUAGGUGGUAGACUGACGAGUUUUUCUACCAAAGUCUUAAUCGAAAUGUUAUGUGGUUGCGAAAUUAUAUUGGUUGAUGGAACCUUCAAAACACGUCCUAUCUUGUUUUUUCAAGUAUAUGUCGUAAUGGGUAAGCAUCUCGAUCAAGGUAUAUAUAUGCUUUGUCCUCAGUUCCGCUUCAUUUGUACCGAAAUCAGUCUUUCUUGUUCAUGUCUAGCUAUUCCAUUAGUAUGGUGUCUUGCGCCAAAACGAACUCAAGAAGUGUAUGAGAAGAUCUUCAAAGUUUUGAAAAAAAAGCAAAUGAAUAUGAGACUAAAUUCGAACCACAAUGUGCUUAUUUACAGAGUGAUAAAAAAAAACUUACUUUCGAGUAUUUAUUGACUUUCCUGUGUAUAAAUAUAAUUGAACUUUUUACCAUUAGUUUAUUCGAAUAGAGCAAAGAUUUCUGGACGAAAUGAGACGUCUCCGAGCUCUCGAAGAGCUUUUCUCAUGAAACAGCAUUCAAUGUACGGAAGAUCUCAUACGACCAAAAUCGGGAUAAUUAAUGGGCAAACAAGAAAAAUAUGCUUGAGACCUUCCGUAAAUUCAAUGCUGUUUCAUGAAAAAAGGUUCUUAGAGAGCUCGGAGGCGUCUCAUCUUGUCCAGAAAUCUUUGCUCUAUUCGAAUAAACUAAUGGUAAAAAGUUCAAUUAUAUUUGUACGUAAGAAAGUCAAUAAAUACACAGGGGAUAAGUUUUUCUUAGAACACCCUGUAGAUUUUGAAAGUGGGACGAUAAACGCAUUGAAAAAAUUAGUAAGUGUCGUAUUUAAAUAAAGUCACUGAUACGUUUUUCUUCUUUCUUUCUUUCCAGUUUCCUCAUAUUUCUAUCCACGGAUGUUGGUAUCAUUUUACCCAGGCGAUAUUUCGUAAUAUACAAAAAAUCGGUUUGUCACAAAUGUAUGAAAAAAAAUGAAAACGUUAAAACUUGGUUAAAGAGUUUUAUGGCAUUGUCAUUGAUAGAGAACAAUGCAGUUCACUUUGCUGUGGAAUUAUUAAUCUAUAAUAUGCCAUCAUCUGAUAAAUUACUAAUUUUUUUCGUGAAUAUUUCGUAAAUCACUGGGUGACACGUAUACCAGCAAUGUAUUGGAACUUAGGACCCAUUCAUCUUCGGUGUAAUAACGAUGUAGAAGGUACAGUAUAUUUUGAUGACGCAGUAAUAAGUGAAAAGAAAAACUUUACUCGUAAAAGCCUACUAUAACUGUUGUAUUAUCAUUUUAGGUUAUAACAACCGACUUCAACAUAGAUUUGGUGUUCAUCCACAGCUACGGUCCUUCAUCCAUUUUCUAAAGAAUGAAGAAUUCAUCGUAAUGAUGAGAGCCACACAAAUACGAAGCGGCAAUUAUCGUCAGGCAGCUCUUCCAUUCUCAUUUGGCAAUGAGCGUACACGGAAAAAAACAAAAUAGCUCAAGAAUUUAUCACGCUUGUAUGAAACGGUAGAAUUGUUUUGAAACAGUAUUUAACUACUUUAUCAUAUUUCAUUGGCGAAUCGGCAGCAAUUAAAAACAGGAAAAAAGACGCUACUCAUGGAUCUACAACUGCCACCAAUACUGAUUUUGGUGAUUGAGACGGUGUGUAGUCAGAAUUCUUUUGGAUCGUAGACUUCCACUUACGAGGGAAGGACACCAACUGAUAAAUCGCUUUUGAGCCGUAAGGUAGUGGACAAUAGGUAAUCAAGUGCACUGAAUCCGAAUAUGGCAAUCGUUUAGGCCCAUAGCCCUUCGGAGACCGGAUUUCUAGAAAACCAGUUUUUCAGAAACUCUAAAAAAUAACAGAAGCCUUUGUUAAUGAGACCUGAUUGUAGCCCGCAAAUUUCUGAUUAAAAUGAGACCUCUCCCAGCUCUGUAUGACCUUUCUUUGCAAAGUUAUAGAAUUUACAAGAAAAGCCCUAAAUUUAUUUCUUCUUAUUUGUGUAGCUUUGAGCUGACAAUGAGCAAUUUAAGUCUUUUCUUGUAAAUUCUAUAACUCUGCAAAGAAAGGUCAUACAGAGCUGGGCGAGGUCUCAUUUUAAUCAGAAAUUUGCGGGCUACAAUCGGGUCUCAUUAACAAAGGCUUCUGUUAUUUUUUAGAGUUUCUGAAAAACUGGUUUUCUAGAAAUCCGGUCUCCGGAGGGCUAUGGGCCUAAACGAUUGCCAUAUUCGGAUUCAGUGCACUUGAUUACCUAUUGUCCACUACCUUACGGCUCAAAAGCGAUUUAUCAGUUGGUGUCCUUUCCUCGUUAGUUUUUGGAUUUGCUCGUACACGAUGUUUCUGUUCGGCUAAUGUAUCUCAAGUGGGAAAAAAUUCUCAAACACUUGUCUUCUUUUACAUUUUUGUUUUUUUAUUCAUUUUCUGGUGUCAGGUCUAGCUACACACAGCUUUUCUGUAUCUAUUAUCUUUUCUUUCUUUCUUUGCCUGAUGUUGUUGAUGGAAAAAUAAAUCAAUAUAGUUAAUUGUGUGACACUCAGUCCCAGAUCAGUAAUUCUUUUCUUCAUAUUGAUUCAAAACACAGAAAUUUGUAUUUCUGUACAAUUCCCUGUGCAAAUCAAAUAAAAUAGCGAGAAAAGUGACGCCCCCCCCCCCUCCCACUCUGCCCCACAGAUCGUGACAGACAUCUCGACAUGCUGCUCUUCUGACUCGGUGACAGACUGCUAAACAUGACCAGAGUUCACACUUACGCCUAAGUGGCCACUCCACCGUGUUUCACAUUUCAAUAGGGAUGCACGAAGCUCAAUCUCAAGCUUCAGGCUUGAGCUUGACUUGAGAAGCUUGAGAAUUUUUUGAUCGAUCUACCACUACAAUCAACUAGGACAUGCCGCAAAAACAUUUCGAUCAUAUGGUGUGCCAAAUCUUGCCGAGUGAUGGAGUCUAAUGGAAACUGUCGGGUCAAAUUCAACGAUUUUUGAACCUACAGAUUCUCCUACUUACGCUUAUAACAGAGAUGUUACAGAUAGAACGAGUGAAUAAAUGAUCAUUUUAUCACAUAGACACUUUUGCGUUCUGUUUCCUUUUCGGACAGUAUUAUAGCGGAACCUUCUUUUUUUCCGUGUGGAUGAUCAUCUCCACUUCUACGCCAAAAGGAAGAUUACUCUUUGUACAUUUUCUGCUUACGAGGGAACCGCCCCAGGUGUCCGGCUCCGAUUUCGUUCGUUCAUACAUCAUUCGAUAGAGGACCUCGAGUAGGCAAAAAGGCUAAAAGGAUUUGGGCGGAGGGCCCUUUAAGACCCGGUUU